GAUCAUUCCCUAUUCGAAAAGAUGGUAUUCUCCAUGCUCAUUACGCGCUUCCUUGUAGUGUCGUUGGCGUUAUGUGUGGUGGCAUACACCCAGCGGAUUCCGCGCCGCCCACCUGGGUUCACAAUGGGAGGUGGCAGUGCUGAUGCAGGCGUGCAGCUUGAGUCGUACAUCGAUUUGUUGUGCCCCGACAGUAAAUCGGCAUACCCAGGACUAAAAAACCUUGCUGAACAUUAUGAAGCUGAUGAGCUUCGUGUUCGCUUCGUCCUAUUUCCGCUUCCUUACCACCAACAUGCCUUUGCUACUGCGGAGGCGGCAUUUACUGUUACCACGGCGUUGGGGGACAAGAGCUUUACCACAUGGCUCGAAACGAUCUAUGCAAACCAAGACAUAUUCUGGAACAAAGCGACAAAGGAUCUGAGCCCAAUACAAGUGGUGGAAAAGCUCAAGAAGCUGGCUCAGAAGACGUUCCCGUCGCUGACAGACAAGCAGUGGGACGAGCAGAUGACGGGAUAUGGAGGAACUGACGUGGACGACCACACGCGUGAGUCCUGGAAAUACACGUGCUCCAGAGGUAUGUCCGGCACGCCCAUGUACACACUGAACGGCGUUCCUUUCGCGGCUGACGCAGACUGGACCUUUGAGCAAUGGUACAAGGUAAUUGACCCACUAGUGAAAGCCAACAAACCUGCUCACGGGCUGCAAACUGCAUCUCAAGCGUGGAAAGAUGUUCAUCUGAGUGGAGUUCCUCGCACUCAGCCGGAUCGAGAUGUAAUGCAGUUUGUUCGCGCUGGUGAAUGGGCUACUACUACUCAGGCGUGCGAAGGAAUUGCAGGUGGGACGAGAGCGUGCGAAUUUGCACCCGGUCGCGCGAUGUGCUGCCAGGCUGACGAAGCCUGCAUUCUUCGCGAAGGCUGCGUACCUCUACAGUAA